AUGACUAGCGAGACUCGAUUUGAUGACGCAGAUUUUGAAAAGGGCCCUACGCAGGCGAGUUUCGACGAGCAGGCCGAAAAUACAGGAAGUCGCAGCCCCAUAGUUUCGAGACUGGUACAUGCGGUGUCGGUGGAUGGAGAUUACGUGCAUUUGGGGGGGUCGACGUACCGCAGAACAGAACUCGCAAACGCUUUUGCAGGGGAACUGAACCCUGGUAUUCAUCACAGAAGACCUUCGAAUCUGGCAAACCCAGUUCCACUUGGACUGGCGUCUUUCUCAUACUGCUGUCUGGUGCUGUCGCUCUUAAACGCGCAAGUUCGCGGUGUGACUAAUGCCAAGGUGGUCAUCAGCGCCAGUCUUUUCUUCGGCGGGUGCAUCGAGCUGUUUGCGGGUCUGCUGUGCUACCCUAUCGGCAAUACCUACGCCAUGACGGUUUUUGGCUCCUUUGGCGGGUUCUGGAUCAGCUACGGGUGCAUUCUAAUGGAUCAGUUUGGCAUAGUGUCGUCGUACGAAGACGAUCCGCAAAUGCUUGCCAAUGCGCUUGGGUUUUUCCUUGCCGGCUGGGCUGUGUUUACGUUUCUGAUGAUGAUGUGUACGCUCAAGAGUACCUGGGGUUUGUUUCUCCUGUUUGCGUUUCUGGAGCUGACAUUUUUAAUGCUUACAAUUGGCACAUUCAUCAGCAACGAGAAUGUGAAGAAAGCUGGUGGUUAUUUCGGUAUAAUGAGCAGCAUGUGCGGGUUUUAUUCCCUAUACAGUGGUGUCGCAGACUCUUCGAAUAGCUAUUUCCCCGUGAGAGCCUAUUUUAUGCCUAAUGCGCCUACUUUGUGA